AGCUUUCCCACUCUUCUUUGUGUCAUGGCAUCCCGAAGGAUCCAGUUUCUAAAAGCUGUGGAUGCACAGAGUGCAAAACGUCAGACUUGAGAAUAAAAGAGCUUUUAUAUGAACAUCAGAUGUGGAUGAGGACAAGAUAUGAUCAUGUGACUGAAGGAAUUGAUGAAACACAGAGAAGACCUCCCCUCAAACAGAUCUACACUGAGCUCUACAUCACAGAGGGACUGAGAGAAGAGGUUCAUACCCAACAUGAAGUCUGGCAGCUGGAGAUAAAGUCUAGGAUCAAUCCACUCCAUAAUUUUCCAGUUAAGUGCCAUGACAUCUUCAAACCCUUGACUGACCAACAUGGAUCCAUCAGAGUGGUUCUGACCAGUGGUGUUGCUGGAGUUGGAAAAACCUUCUUGGUGCAGAAGUUCACUCUGGACUGGGCCGAGGGCUUGGAGAACCAAGACAUCAGUGCAGUGAUUCCUCUUUCAUUCAGGGAGAUGAACUUGAUCAGAGAUGAGCAGCACAGUCUUCUCACUCUCAUCCAAGUUUUCUAUCCAACCUUCCAGAAGAUCACAGCAGAGCAGCUGUCUGUCUGUAAACUUCUCUUCAUCUUUGAUGGUCUGGAUGAAAGCAGACUUUCUCUGGACUUCAACAACAGUCAGGUGGUGUCUGAUGUCUCUCAGAAGUCAUCAAUCAAUGUUCUUCUGACAAACCUCAUCCAGGGACAUCUGCUUCCCUCAGCUCUGGUCUGGAUCACUUCCAGACCUGCAGCAGCCAAUCAGAUCCCUCCUUCAUGUGUCUCCAGGGUAACAGAAGUACGAGGCUUCACUGACUCCCAGAAGGAGGAGUACUUCAGGAGGAGAUUCAGUGAUGAAGAUCUGUCCAGCAGAAUUAUCUCCCACAUAAAGUCUUCCAAAAGUCUUUUAAUCAUGUGUGAAGUUCCAGUCUUCUGCUGGAUCACUGCUGUGGUUCUGGAGCACAUGAUGACCACAGAGCAGAGAGGAGAGCUUCCCACCACCCUGACUGACAUGUACUCACACUUCCUGAUGGUCCAGACAAAGAGAAAGAAGAACAAAUACCAGCAGGAACAUAAAGAGAAUCCACAGGAGCUGGCAGAGGCUGACAUGGAAGUUCUCCUGAAGCUGGGGAGGCUGGCAUUUGAACAUCUGGAGAAAGGAAACAUCAUGUUCUACCAAGAAGACCUGGAGCAGUGUGGUCUGGAUGUCACAGAGGCCUCAGUGUACUCUGGAGUUUGUACUGAGAUCUUCAGAAGAGAGUGUGGGAUCUUCCCCAAACCAGUUUACUGCUUUGUUCAUCUGAGUGUUCAGGAGUUUCUGGCUGCAGUUUACAUGAUCCACUGUUACAACAACAAGAAAACAGAGGUGAUUCAGAACCUUCUGGAGAAUCAAACAACCAUUUGUUCUCUGGAUCAGUUUCUGCGCAUGAUCAUGAAAAAAUCUCUGCAGAGUCAAACUGGUCACUUGGAUCUGUUUGUUCGUUUUCUUCAUGGUCUCUCUGUGAAGUCCAACCAGAGAAUCUUAAAAAGUCUUUUGGGUCAGACAGAUAACAGUCCAGAAACAAUCCAGAGAAUCAUCAACAACCUGAAGGAAAUGAAGACCAAUGACAUGUCUCCAGACAGAAGUAUCAACAUCUUCCACUGUCUGCUGGAGAUGAAGGAUCUCUCAGUUCAUCAGGAGAUCCAAGAGUUCCUGAAGUCAGAGGACAGAUCAGAGAAGGAACUUUCAGAGAUCCACUGCUCAGCUCUGGCCUACAUGCUCCAGAUGUCAGAGGAAGUUCUGGAUGAGUUGUACCUGAACAAUUACAAAACCACCGGGGAAGGUCGAUGGAGACUAAUUCCAGCUGUAAGAAACUGCAGGAAAUUUCGGUAAGUCCUGACACUAUUUUCAUUCUAAAUUGAAUAGUUUGUAACUUUGGUUAUUUACCUGAAGAUUUUUGUGCUCUCUUCGAUCUCAGAAAGAUGUCUAUUGGAUCUUGUUUAUCAAUUAAUAUGUUUGGUCAGAUGUUCUUAGAUCAUACUUCCUUUUUGUGUCUUUUUUUAAAUCUGAGUAAUUGCAGUAAAUGUUUUAUUAAAACUGUUAAUAAUAAUAAUGUUAACAUUCUAUGUACUUUCUGUAAAAUCUAUCAUUUUCCUGUAGGUUAGGAGUGGUGUUAAAGCCUUCAGAAGCUGGUAACUACAGGUAACGAAAAAAUAAAAAAGUAUCUAAAAUUUAUUUGAAAGGCACUUUAUACAACACUGUCAUGGAUUUUUGUUUUCAAUAACCCAAAAGCACCAGAUUUGAGUUGAUUGGUGGCAAAUGUGAAAUGUAAGGCAUUAACUCAAAACAUGAUGAAUAAUAGGUAUCCCAACAAACCUGAUUGAACAAAUGUUAUAAAGGGGUAAAAACAAGUUUCUCACAUGUGUAUCCAACUGGGCUGUGGUUGGUAAGAAAUCCACUCCAAUGGCUGUUUAAGUGUCGAAGAUUGCAUUCCCCUGUCUUAGGCAAAGGUGAAUACACCUUGAACCAGUUAAAGUCUAUUGCAUGACCACACACACCUAGCAGACAAUGUAGAGAUACCAAUUAACUUAAGAAACAUGUUCUUGGAUCAUGGAAGGAAGCCCGAGUGCUCGGAGAAAACCCAAGAGAAAAAGCAAACACCAUACUGAAAUAUCUCAGCUGGGAUUCGGGGGGUAAAGGAACAUCCAUUCCAAUCGUGGUCGAUCCAUCUUACAUCCACUGUCUAAGUUUUGAUGCACUAGAUCCAUCCAACAGACAGAAAUAGUCUCCCAAACCCUUUCUCGGGACAAGUGAACAGAAAUGUAGUAUCCUUCUACAAACGUUUAGGGACUGUCAUUAACAUCAUCAAAUUUUAUGUUUUUUUUUUUUUUUUUUUUGUUUGUUUUGUUUUUCUUGUGGAGUCAAAAGAUAAAAA